AUGUCAAGUAUAGCAGAUAUAUUAAAGAAGAUCGAGCCAUCUUCUGUGAAAGGUCUUGUUACAGACAAAGACCUCAGCAAUGAGGAACUUGCACUCAAAUCUCAGUGGGAGACACUUGCCCAGUCGGAUGACAAGGCAGAUUUUGCGAAAAGCCUCAACGAUUCCUUAAGAAGCACCACAUAUGCCGUUGGAAACAAGCCAACCAGUGCAGAUGUUGAAGCUUUCAAGUCUAUUUUCAUCGAGGCAUCAAAGUGCGUCGAGUCCGGCAAGGUGGAUACACUGGCCCAGCACAGACACAUAGUGCGGUGGAUCGACUUGUUGCAGAACACGCUUCUAAAAGAGGCAGUGCCAGAAUCUUCUAGACUGGCCGUCAAGUUCGAUGUUGAAUUGCCAAGAGAGGUGAAGGAGAAGAAGAAGAAGGGCAAGAAGGGCGCAGAAAAGGAAACUGGAAAGGGCAAGAAGGAGAGCCAGGGCGAAAAGAAGAACUUCAAGCCGGAUGAAGCCACCAUCGCCAAGCAGAGAGCCGCAAAACAGGCAAAGAAGGCUAAAAAAGCAAAGGCAAAGAAGCAGCAGCAGCAACAACAGCAGCAGAAAGAGCCAGCUGUUCCUUCGAUGAUCGAUUUCCGUGUCGGCUUCAUCCAGAAGGCCAUAAAGCACCCUAAUGCAGACUCGUUGUACGUGUCAACUAUCGACAUGGGUGAUAAAGAGGGCCCAAGGACAGUCUGCUCCGGUUUGGUGAAGUUCAUUCCCCUGGAGGAGCUGCAGCAGAGACUUGUUGUUGUUGUUGCCAACUUGAAACCAGUGAAAAUGCGUGGCAUCAAGUCCUCAGCCAUGGUUUUGUGUGCUUCCGAUCCUGCAGACAGCAAAGUUGAAUUCAUCAACCCUCCAGCCGGUUCCAAGCCUGGUGAUAAGAUCUUCUUUGAGGGAUACAACGGAACACCCGUGCAUGUCAUCACGCCGAAGAAGAACAUAUGGGAAACCUGCCAGCCUAAGUUUACCACCACUCCUGACUUCAGUGUUAUCUACAAGGAGGAGGGUAAGCCCGAUGCCCGCCUAGUUAAUGAGAAGGGUGAGCUCUGCAAGUGCACUACUAUUGCCAGUGCUGUUGUUCGUUAG